ACAAUAUUUCACUCUAUAUUGUUUCGCAUGAACAGUAUUCUAAAAAUGAAUAAUAGUUAUACUCCCACUUGUGGUACUAGAGUAUAUUAAGUUAGCAUGUAUUAUGCCGAUCCAUUCAGAAUAACUUUCUGCUUUCUUGUAUUCAACUUGCUGGUGACAUAUUUUUGAAAUAUUUUGAUGAAAUUUCUACUCAAAAUGGUUCGAAUCGUACCAUUCUUUUGACCAGUCCGCAUAUAAGGCCUUACUUUGAAAAAUAAUUGUAUCAAUAACUGUAUUUAACGAAUUGGUGUAAUGUUCAUAAUGGGGGCCCGAGUCCCGCUUUUCAUGAAUGCUUUCCUAAGAAAGUAUUUAAAAAACCAGAAAAGUAUAUUGUACGACCAGAAAGUAUAUUGUACGACCAGAAAGCAUAUUGUACCUAUCGGUGGUUAAAGUGUGCUCAUUUGUUCUUGAAUUAAAUACUAUCACCGAUUAAUUUUACUUCAUCUUUUUCUCAUUAUUCGUUACUAUUAUAAACAAACGUUCGCGUAAAUUCAACAUGUCAAUGGUUGCGUCUGUCACAUGUUCAAUUGUAGGAAAAUAAAAGCAAGGUCUUUGAAAUCAAAAUUUCGUUUUAAGCGUAGAAGUUAUUAGAAAUGAUUAAAACUGAUGGUAAGAGAUUGAAAUCGUAAUGAAUGAUUAUGGAUGGCUCUCGCGAUUGGUUUUGACUAUUAGCAUUGAAAUGUUCGAAUAAUUCGAUAAGGAAUACCAACGUUUGAGCUGAUGAGGACGAUGUCCCAGAUAAUUGCUAACAUUGCAUCGCACGACUGGAACGUGGUUCUGCAACAUAGAAAUUAAGUGUGAUUACCACAAAGGAACUGACUCCAUUUGAAUCUAGAAAAUCAGCUACGCGGAAAUUUCGCUAAGUAACAGCUCCGAUUGUACAGGCUUAGUAAUACAGAAGAUGGCAAACUUUCAACUGAAUUCAGUAUGCUUCGUGUUCUUUUCUAUUUUUCUUUCUUUGUCAAUCUCUUUGGCAAAGUUUAAUACAACUGUUUUCUAUAUUUUUUUUUUAUACAAAUAAAAGAAAUGAACUGUAUAUGUGGCAAAUAUUUUAUUCAUCUAAGAUCAGAAAAUGUAGACUUAAUCGCUAACAAGAUGCAAGAUAUAUAAGUAUUUAUGUACACUUACAUUUAAUAUGUUCUUGUAAUUUAAAGCAGGUUGUGAUGGCUCCGGCAAUACCUGAGAGAUGGUUAGAUUACACUCCUAUUGGAAGACAAAUUGAGGGAACACGAUUUAUAGCCUUUAAGGUUCCACUAAAGCAGCAUCUAAAUAAAUCUAUGUUGCGACACCAACGUCUCGAUAUUAACACUUUGUUUGAAAGGAUACCGAAGUUGGGAAUAAUUAUUGAUUUGACAAAUACCAACCGAUAUUACAACCCUCAUCACAUAUGCAAGGAUGGUAUUGAUUAUAAAAAGAUUUGCACCCCUGGUCAUAUAACUCCCUCAUAUUGUUUAGUAAAAGAGUUUAGAGAUUGCGUAAAGGCUUUUCUUUUUAAAAAUUCUGCAAAUGAUAAAUUAAUUGGCGUCCAUUGUACCCAUGGUGUUAACAGGACUGGCUACUUUAUAUGCAGUUACAUGAUUUCGGAGUUAGCUAUAGAACCUGCAGAAGCUAUUCAAAGAUUUGUUGCAGCUCGAGGACAUGAAAUCGAACGUUCCAAUUACUUGAAUGCCUUAAAUCGAUUGAAGCAGAGUAAUUUAACGCGGAAAAUUAUUUACACGGGAAAUAAUCAAAAUAAAUUGAAUACUGUCUGUAAUUUCAAAUGUACAAGAGGAAAUGGACAUUAUCGUAAGAGCAAUUAUUAUUCUUCAAAUAAUACAUCUAAAGGAGGAUUUUAUAACCACAAUUUUUACAGUCAAAAUAAACAUAGCUUACCUAUUUUAAGAAACGAUGACAACAGAUGCCGUUUGCGUGCUGACUAUUAUGGUGAUAAUUCUCAUGCAGAGUUUUAAUGCACUUAUGUGCUAAAUACAUUUAAGUUAAAUUAAAAAGUUUUUUAUUUACCAUAGGACGUGCAAUUAGUAAUAAAACGUCCGAAAAAAAUAAAUAAAAUUUUUAGCUAAUUACGACGAAGAAGAAAAAAA